AUGUCGCGCCCAAAUGAGCCUGUAUGCGCCCGAGAUAUUUUAUCUUGGGACGAGUCCCGCCUGAAUUCCUUCUUGAAAGCGUGCCGCGUCACUGGCAGCCGCGAUCUGGAACUCUCCGACGCGGUGACUGAUGUUGACCGCCUUUCGACUCUCGAGCACUACGAGCUCAAGCUCAAAAUAACCACAUGGGUUCGAGAGCAGAAUGCGUUGACUGAGUCGGCAGGAGAAGAAGAUGCGAGAGCCGAUACGGAGCACACUCGAAAAGAUGAGGAGGGCGACGAAGCUGAGUCUGGACCUACUCCCGGCGGCAAGCACAAGGGCAGGAUGAAGCGAGAAAAAUCUGAAGAAACGUCGCAACCUACCUCGAAGAAGGCGAAAACGGGAGGUCAACAGGCUCGCACUCCGCAGCGCAAAGGAACGAGCAGCCCAUUGACCGCACCCUCGCCACGUCGCAGUCGACGUCUUGCUGCCUUGGCUACUAUAUCGUCGGAUGUUGAAUCAGGGGUAUGUGUGUCGCUCGAAUGCUGCGACGACGACGAGGACUCUUAUAAGCGCCUAUCGAGAUUGCAUUUGGAGCGGGCUGCUGCACUGUUGGCAUUAUUUAAUCUGCAGCGUAAUUGUGCCUUUGUUGAGCUUGGAUAUGCUCAUGGCCAGCACGGCGAGAAUGGAGAGACUGCGCUCACACAAUACCCGACUUGUGCUACCCUUUUAGCGCAGAGGCCACAUUUACCAAAGAUGUUAGGUUGUAAAAAGAGACAAAGUGGUAGAAGAGAGUAUCUGCCACUGGGUCUCUCAGCCGGGACGCAAAACGCUGUGAAGAUGGAUGUCUCGAAACAAGAUCGAUCCCAAGCCGAAUUCGAUCAAAUCUGUUUUGUGCAGUUUGGCUUCCAAAUCGCCGACCGCCUGCAAGACCUGACCGCCAAGCACCCAGGACAAGUGCCCAGGGCGCUGCAAGGCAUAUCGAUGCAUCUGCCGCUGCUGGCCAACUCGCUGUCCAAGAUUAUCAAGUCGGACUCGCGCGUGGGCGCUUUCGACUUUGACACGCGAUGCAUCCUCAAGGGCAUCGUGUCGGGCUGCCUGACCCAGGUCCAGGAAGUCGAGGCCAUGCUGCAAGAGAUUGCCUGCACGCCGGGCGACUCUCUGAAAACCAAGCUGAAAAAAGUCUUGACGAGUGUAAAGUACCAGGAGAAGCUGUCGCGGAUCGAGCGGAACCUCGACACGUACAUUUCUGUCCUGAUUCUGCACCACGUUGUUGAUGCGGCGGAUGCGCCCAAAGACUUGCUCGACGAGACGUAUUACGACGUGCGCGAGAAACUGGCCGACGCCUAUGUCGAGCGCAAAAGUCUCCUCGAGCAGCUUGACGCUCACUUUUAUGACGCGUCUCGCUCACAAGUCACCUCGCCCACGGUUUUGUUGCUCUCUGGUAACAAGGGCGCAGGCAAGACGCAGCUUGCGCUUGGAUACUGCCGAGCCGCCCACGAGCUGCAGCAGUUUCGCACUGUCUUCUGGCUGGACGCCUCUACGCUCGAGAAUCUGAGUCUGGGAUUUGAGCGCAUGUAUGCCGCUGUCAACCAGAAUAUUCAGGGCGCUCGCGCAGAUAAGAUCAAUUUUAUGCGCAAUUUCCUGGAAGAGCUCUGGCACCCCUGGCUACUGGUCCUCGACAACUACGACUCUGCGCUCUUGUACAACGACAUUAUGGACUUUUUACCCAGUCGGGGUACCGGUGCGAUACUGCUGAUUUCCGAGGAAGAGGAAAACGGGCUUGGAAAGGUCCUCUACGUACCAAACUACUUGAGGCCCCAUGAGCAAAGCCGUGUAGACUCGUUGCUGCAAUCUGCAGUUCAAAACAAAGAUUUUGCUGCCAUCAGGGAGGCUGUUGAGCAAGGAGCCGACGUCAACACCAAAAUCUGGGAUCAAUGGCCUUGUAUACACCGCCUUGCCCUUUUUGGCAUGGAAGACGCCGUCAAGUAUCUCGUGGACCAUGGCGCCAAUCUACAAAUUGAUGCCCAAGUUGCUCCGACCCUGCACUGGGCUGCUGUUGAUGGAAGUGAAGGUACAACUCGACUUUUUCUCGACUACGAAGACAAGCAACUCGUCUUUUACUCUCCGGCUACGCAUCAAGCUGCCUUCACCGCAGCUGUUGAGAACGGGCACAUGGACGUCGCACGAAUGCUGCUCCAGAGACGCAAUGUCAGCAUCCACGCGCCCAAUCGAUAUCAGGAAACCGCGCUGGAGAGCGCAGCAGACAAGGGCAAGGUUGAUUUGGUGGAAUUCUUGAUUAGUCAAGGCGCGCUCCGCGACAAUAAGAGGCCAGGUGAGGAAGCUUUGAUCAAGGCAGCGGCCCGUGGACAUUUAGACACGGUGAAAAUACUCUGCCGCAAAGGCAAUGUCAAUGUCAAUGCUCGUCGCGAGUCCGGAGAUACUGCGCUGGUACUGGCAGCUGACUCGGACUACAACGCCACGACGCUUGAAUUGGCGGAAUUUCUGCUGGAGAAUGGCGCACACCCCGACCCGGUUGGCUAUCAAGAUGGCCUGCUUCAUCGGGCCUGUGUCCGGGGUAAACUAGACUUUGUCAAACUGCUCCUGAAGCACAAUGCCGAUCCGACAAUCAUUGGUGCUGGAUACUGUCCCCUUCAGUACGCCCUCAAAUACGAUCAUCCGGAAAUUGUCAAUGUGCUGUUAAACACAGAGAUGCACAAAGCAGAGAAGCGCAAGGCGGCCUGGAUCGACUCUGCUUUGCUAUUUGCGGCUAGGAUAGGCAAGCGCGGAGCUGUCUUGCAGCUCCUCGAGCAAGGCGCCGACAUUGAUGCCCGGCUGGAUGAGGGCCAUUCCCCCACAGGCGCGACGAGCCUUUUACUUGCCAUCCUAGAAAGCCAUGUGCGGACGGCGCAGUUUCUCGUGCGCCGCAAAGCGCGGCAGGACAUUGCAGAUGCGCAAGGACGCUUACCGCUGCCGUCCGCCGUGGCGGGCGGGCACCAUUUGCUCGUGCGAGACUUGAUUCGUGCGGGAGGGGAUGCGAAUAUGACGAGUGGCGAGAAUGGGGAUACUAUGCUGAUGAUUGCUGUCGCGGGCAAGCACGAAAAGGUCGUAGAGGUGCUGCUGGAGAAUGGAGCGGAUGCUGAAUUGGCGAAUAAGUUUGGGGAGAUUGCACUCGAUAUUGCAGAGGAAAAGAAUUUUAAAGAUGUCAUAAAAUUGCUGAAGAAAUGA